AUUUAUGUCUUUUGGUUGAUUUUAUUCCGAUAAUUCUUUUUCUUUUCUUUUCCCAAUUGCAGUGGCUGUAUUGUAUCUCUUCAUCUCUUUGAGCUUGUCGCUGGCACAGUUAGAUACUUGAGAUGCUGGUGGACGAGGCAAAAAUCUUGCUAGGCUUUUCCACUAAUUCUUGCCCCACUCCUUGUCAGGUCAAAGCUGCUUAUAGAAGGAAGGUAUGGGAGACUCAUCCAGAUUGCUUUCCAGUUCAUCUCAAACCUGAUGCAGAACUCAAAUUUAAGAUGAUUUCAGAAGCAUACACUUGCCUGCUUUCUGCAAUUACAGGUACAAGACACGAAGGUCAACACGGUGUUGGAUAUUCACGUGUUGUAAGAAGUGGAGUUCCUAGAGGAGGGAGGAAAAAUCAUCCACUGAUUGGGCUUCCCUUUAUUUUUAUUAUUUUGGGAACUGUAACAUUGGGAGGAACAAAUAUUGCCAGGGCCUACAGAAAACAGAGGGCGGAUUGUCCUUCUCAUAAUCCUUUUCUCCCUUGAUUUUUCCAAGUUUCUGCAACAUUAUGUACGUAGUGGCAUGGUAUGUACAAAUAUGGUGCGGCGUUAGUCCUCUAUGAAAAUGUAGCUGAUCCAAUAAGCUUCAAUGAGUCUCAUUCGCGGCACAUUUAUUAAGUUGUGUUUGUGAACUUUCAAUUGUAAUUCUGAAGUUGUUCAUUAUGUAAAUUAGACGCUAGUUUAGGUGAAGGAUGGUAAAGUUGCUGCCAUGUGACUAGGAGGUCACGAGUUUGAGCCGUGGAAACAGUCUCUUGCAGAAAUGCAGUAUAAGGCUGCGUACGAUAGACCCAUGUGGUCCAGCCCUUUCCCGGACCCCGCGCAUAGCGGAAGCUUAGUGCACUGAAUUGCCCUUUUAUUUUUUAGCUGAAGGAUGCUUUCAAAAUGAAAAAUGUAAGCCCUUGCUCCAAUUUGUCUCUAUAUCACAUGAAAGGAGGAAGAGCAACUAAAAAGAACAGCAUGACAUGUAAUAAUCCCAUAAUAUGGUCCAGAUUGCCAUUACUUUAUCAAUUUCCAUUACUCAUUUA